AUGGCUGAACCUUCCUCGUCUACUUUGCAGCGCCCGAUGGAGCCUGCCUUUGAUGAAGCAGACAUUGACUAUUCUGAUAUUGAGGCUGCUUAUGACGUCCAGAUGGACGAGUCUCUCGACAACGUGGUGGUGAUCAAUGGUGUGCCCAUUGUGACGGCUGCCAAGGAGCAGCGAUUGUUUGAGGUGAUCCAAAAGCGUUUCCGCACGCAUGCAAACUUGGACAUCGAACUGAGCGCGAUGCAUAUGCCUUACAAGGAAGAUGGUGAGUCGAAGGGCUACAUCGUAUUGGAGCUGGCCAGCAAUGACGAAGCAUCUCAGGCGAUUCGUGCCAUGAACGGCUACGCUUUUGACAAGAAGCACCGUUUCUUGAUGAGCCGACUCACCGAUGUGGAACGCCUUGCAAACAUGGACGAGUCCUAUACGGACCCUGAAGAGGAGCCGUUCCAACAGCGUGGCCACCUGCGUUCCUGGCUCAUGGACCAAUUGGGUCGCGACCAGCUUGUCAUGUGUGCGCGUGAUGACGUGAUAGUGUCGUGGCACAGUCGGAUGGGGCAGCCGGAUGAGGCGCACAAGCGUACGCGCUGGACUGAGUCGUAUGUGCAGUGGUCACCCCAGGGCAUGUACUUGGCGACAUUCCACCUGCAAGGCAUUGCUCUAUGGGGCGGUCCAACAUGGGAACGAAUCAUGCGAUACCCUCAUCCAGGCGUGCGACUCGUGGACUUUAGCCCCGACGAAAAAUACAUGGUGACCUGGUCGCCUGAACCGAUUCAGGUGCCGGAUAAUGCUCCACAGGGCCCGCAAUUCUUUGCGCCUGAAGACGAAGGUAACCGCGUUGCUGUGUGGGAUGUACGGACAGGACAUCUUCUACGCACAUUCCCAAUUCUUCAGGAGGACACGGCAGGACCCAACGGACCAGCCAUGAAAGGCUUUAGUUGGCCAUUCCUCAAAUGGAGCGGCGAUGGCAAGUACUGUGCCAAGGUCACGCCUGGCAAGGGUAUCAGUGUAUAUCAGCUUCCUUCGAUGGGUCUGCUUGACCAAAAGAGUAUAAAGAUUGAGGGUGUGGUCGACUUUGAGUGGGCGCCCCUGGGUGAUAAGGACAAGGAGGCAUUGGAGGUGUGGAACGACGGCAAGAACAAAAACCUGCCCAAGGGCUUCAAGAAGCCGCGCGACAAUAUGCUGGUCUACUGGCAGCCUGAAGUGCAGAACCAGCCUGGACGUGUGACGGUCAUGAGCAUUCCAAGCCGUGAGAUCUUGCGCUCCAAGAACCUCUUCAAUGUCGCUGACUGUAAGCUGCACUGGCAUCCCCAGGGUGACUUUUUGUGUGUCAAGGUCGACCGCCAGACCAAGACGAAAAAGACGGUUUAUUGCAACUUCGAGCUAUUCCGUAUGCGCGAGAAGGACUUCCCUGUCGAGGUGGUGGAGCUCAAGGAUCCGGUAGUGGCGUUCGCAUGGGAGCCGCAAGGCACGCAUUUUGCUGUGAUCUCGACCAAUGACCCCAACUUUGGCGUCGUGGCACCGAGCAUCGCAAUCAAGACGCAGCUCAACUUUUUCCACUUACAUCCACGAGGCGAUUUCCGCCUGCUUAAGGCGUUUGACAACAAGUCGUGCAAUGCGCUCUUCUGGUCACCACGGGGUCGGCACUUGCUCGCAGCGACGCUAGGUUCGUCGAGCAAAUAUGACUUGGAGUGGUACGAUGUUGACUUCAACAGCGAUGCGCGCUCGGCCAACAGUGAUGCCCUUGAAGAAGUCAAGCUGAUUGGCAGCGGCGAACAUUACAGUAUCACGGACGCUGAGUGGGAUCCGAGUGGCCGUUUCCUAACGACCUCUUCGAGCUUGUGGCGCCACUCGAUGGAGCAAGGCUAUACCAUUUGGGACUUCCGCGGUAACGAGUUGCAAAAGAAUGUCAUUGAACAGUUCAAACAGAUUCUGUGGCGUCCCCGCCCGAGGUCCUUGCUGAGCAAAGACGACAUGAAACGUGUGCGUCGCAAUUUGAAAGAAUACUCCAAGAUGUUCGAUCAAGAGGACGAGGAAGCCGAGAGCAGUCAAGCGCUCGCUCAUCGCGAAGAGUACAGGCGCAUGGUGGACGACUGGAAGGCAUGGCGCGAACGCAACCGCAAGAUGCUGCAGACGGCACAGAGCCAGAGCAGCGAGCCCAUUGGUAUCUCGAAUGCCUCGCAGCUCGAGCAGGAAAGUAUGGAAGAGAUUCAGGAAUGGAUCGAAGAAGUUCUGGAAGAAAAGGAAGAAGUCUUGGCGUAG